UUUUUCAGUGGGUUCAAAUAAUUUCACAAUAAAAGUACAAACAUCCAGAUGAACUUCCGGUGCUCCUCUUUAAUAAGUCCGAGUCCGAGCAAACAUGGGCCGAGUCAGAACCAAGACGGUCAAGAAGGCCGCCAAGGUCAUCAUUGAAAAAUACUACACACGUCUGGGGAAUGACUUCCACACCAACAAGAGAGUGUGUGAGGAAAUCUCCAUCAUUCCCAGCAAACCUCUGCGCAACAAAAUUGCAGGGUACGUGACGCAUCUGAUGAAACGCAUUCAGCGCGGUCCAGUCAGAGGAAUCUCCAUCAAGCUUCAGGAGGAUGAAAGGGAGAGGAGAGACAACUACGUACCGGAGGUCUCUGCUCUGGACCAGGAGGUCAUCGAGGUGGAUCCAGACACAAAAGAAAUGCUGAAGAUGCUGGACUUUGGGAAUCUCUCCAAGCUUCAAGUCACUCAGCCGGUUAUUGGAAUGAACUUCAAGACGCCACGAGGACUUUAACAUUUACAAACUACAAAUAAAGUGUAAUGACAAAAAAAAAAA